GUCGCCUAGUCUUUGGGACAGCCUCUCACACAUCAUCUCUAUUGCCGCAGCAAUUGGGAAACUAACUCACCUGCAACCUCCUCAACCAAAUAACCCACAACGUGUUGACUACUGCCAACUGACAUGGAGACCCAGACAAAACAAGGACACCACUCACUUUGCCACACCUGCCGGAGAACGGGGAUCAGCCGACUGAAGGUCAAGAAGAUGUCUUCGUCCAGUCGCGCGCUGCUGUUUGCACUGGCCCUGGCGCUCUACGUUGUGGAAAUAGCCUCGGCAGAGACGCUGUGUGGGGGAGAGCUGGUGGAUGCGCUGCAGUUUGUCUGUGAAGACAGAGGCUUCUAUUUCAGUAGGCCAACCAGCAGGGGUAGCAACCGGCGCAACCAGAACCGUGGGAUCGUAGAGGAGUGUUGUUUCCGUAGCUGUGACCUCAACCUACUUGAGCAGUACUGUGCCAAACCCGCCAAGUCCGAAAGGGACGUGUCGGCCACCUCUCUGCAGGUCAUACCCAUGAUGCCCGCACUAAAACAGGAAGUCCCAAGGAAGCAGCAUGGGACUGUGAAGUAUUCCAAAUACGAGGUGUGGCAGAGGAAGGCGGCCCAGCGGCUCCGGAGGGGUGUCCCCGCCAUCCUGAGGGCCAAAAAGUUUCGGAGGCAGGCAGAGAAGAUCAAAGCCCAGGAGCAGGCAGUCUUCCACAGGCCCCUCAUCAGCCUGCCCAGCAAACUGCCUCCUGUCUUGCUCGCCACGGACAACUAUGUCAACCACAAAUGAGCCCGCUGCCAGCCCGCUGCACAGACAAGAGUUUGGAGGGAUAAAAAAAGACUAGGGGAUUAUAGCUUUGUCUCUGACGUCAUUUCUGUGGCAGUCCUCUUUGACCUCCCCUGCCCUGUCCGAGCCCACCAAUCCCUCCCCCUGCUCUCAUCCACUACUUCUUGACCCCGUGGCCCUUCUCUAAUGCCCCCUUCAACCCCACCUACCCACCCUCCUCAGGCACACAAACAUGCCUUCACAUUCUUCCUGUCUGAACUCUUUCGCUCCCUCUCUCUUUCAGUCACUAACACAAAAGGCACAAACACAAACGAUGAACAAAAAGUUAACAAUUCGGCUGAAUGCAAUUCAGGUGGAUCCUAAGCAAAAGAGAAAAGGGAAGGAAGAAAAGAAGAUGAAAGAGAUCUGUGGUUUGCAAGUGUCAAGAGGACACCCAGCGGAAUGUUUUUUUGUCCUUGUGGAAGACAACUGAAAGUGAAGAGCAGCUUGCAUGAAAGAAUCCAUUCCACAUCAUUUUUCCUGAGGCAAAAAGAAAAUCUCUGUUAGUUCUUUUUCUUAUUAGUUUGCACCUCUACCUAUAAAGGGACUUCCACACUGUAAGGAAUUAUUUUGUAAAAUUAGAUUCCUGUUCCAGCACCUUUUGAUCACAAACAAAAAGCAGAAAAGAGUCUGCAAAAUUGCACAUUGCCACGGAUUACGUCAAAGUAAAGAAAAAAAUGGCACUAUUUUUUUAUGAACAAUGAACGUGUAGCUUAAAAAAAUGUCAUGGUGCUAGCUUUGGGAAUGGACUCAAAGAAGAGGUUGGAAAGCACGUUUUUUUUCUUUGAGUGAAUAUUAAAACUUUCCGUUUUAAGGAAAGUGUGACUUUUGAAAAAAGGAAGAUAACGGAUAUGGGGGAGCUCCUGGCAGUGGCAAUGUCAAGGGGGAAGUGUCAUUGAGAGAAGACAUGGGCUGUGUCGGCAUCUAGGCUCACAGCAAGUGCUAGCGGCUGCUCAUCAAUACCUUGCCAGCAUAAAGCGGCAAGGGGGACCGGAGACCCAGUCCCUGUUCCUCCUGUCCCAGACACAGGGACCAGUGUGAGGACACAUAUGGGACACAGCGGACCGCCUGGAUUGAGACAGUACUACAGUUCUGGGACAGUACUUCCUGUUUGCCAUGGCUUUGCAGACUGCUCUGACAGGAAGUAACAUGGCAUGGACAAAGAGCAAGUGGGAUAAUGAUUAUAUUUUAUUUUGUCUUUUUUCUUUUCAUAUCAAUGUUUUAAUGAAAAAAAGGAAAACCCUGUCAGUUUCUGGUACCGUGUCAUUCCUGUUUUACCAAGUUAGGCUUUUAUUUUUGUUUCCAUGGUUGUUGUUAUGAUGUUAUUUUACAGUUCUAAAGAAAGGCACAAAAUUUAAAUUCAAAGGGAAAAAAACAGCAAUAAUGUCAACUAACAUUUUAUUUUUAUUGUAUAUCAGUAGUAUUCACAUGCUUUUGCCUGAAAACAAAUACUUGAAUAUAUAUA